UCCAAGCCAAGUACUAUUUUCCUUCUUUCUUCUUCUUCUGGUAACCGCACUAUGUCUAUUUCCAUUCUUUCAUUCCUCUUUGACAUCAUCUUAACUAUGCAAAAUAUUCCAUUUUUUUAUACAGAUUAAUCUGAUUCUACAAUUUUCUCAGCAUAUUCUAUGUUUUUUCUUCUUACACUAUUUAAUUUGGGUGCAUUUUUAACUAUCAAGUCAAAAAAUCCUAUUGGGUGUUCCUGAAGUGAAGAAAUUCGAACUCAAAGGAAAAAAAAAGAAUAAUUUUGUGUAAUAUGGGUUGGUUUACCAAGUUUCUCAAUGGCUCUAAUCAUAGAAUUUCAAGAGGACAAUACAAUGGCAAACAUGGUGAUGAUAGAGUCUGGGAUAAUCAUCACAGUUCAGUGGAUGAUUUGACUGAUGUCGAGAAAGAAGACAUCGACCGUGCAAUUGCACUGUCUCUGUCAGAGGAGGAUCUGAAAGGGAAAAAAGUAGUUGUUGAGGACGACUCUCAGUCUGAAGAAGACGAACCACUUUGUAAAAUUGACGAGGAAAAUGACAAUGUUGGUAAAAUUCGACCAGAUGAAGAUGAACUGCUGCUAGCUAAAAUUCAGCAGGAUGAAAAUCAACGACGUGCCAAAGAUCAACUUGAGGAAGAUGAGCAACUUGCAAAGGCAAUUCAAUUAAGUUUGGCCAUUGAUUCUCCUCAUCGACAUGGCAAUGAUUCUUUAUCUCAACCCUCUCCCAACGUCUUUCCACCUGGAUUCAGAAUCUGUGCUGGAUGCAAUGCUGAGAUUGGCCAUGGUAGAUUUUUAAGUUGCAUGGGAGGCGUCUGGCAUCCACAAUGCUUUGUCUGUCAUGCUUGCCAUUUGCCAAUCACUGAUUAUGAGUUUUCUAUGUCUAGCAAACGUCCAUACCAUAAAUCCUGCUACAAGGAGAAGCAUCAUCCAAGAUGCGAUGUUUGCAAGAAUUUUAUCCCAGCUAAUUCAGCUGGACUCAUUGAGUAUAGAGCUCAUCCUUUCUGGAUACAAAAAUACUGCCCAUCACAUGAGCUCGACCGCACUCCUCGUUGUUGUAGCUGUGAAAGAAUGGAGCCAAAGGAUUCAAAAUAUCUUUUGCUUGAUGAUGGUCGAAAACUAUGUCUCGAGUGUCUAGACUCAGCAAUUAUGGAUAGUCAUGAAUGUCAACCUCUGUACCUUGAAAUACUAGAAUUUUAUGAAGGUUUAAAUAUGAAAUUGGAGCAACAAGUUCCUAUGCUUUUGGUUGAGAGACAAGCACUGAAUGAGGCCAUGGAGGGAGAAAAGAACGGUCAUCACCAUUUACCUGAAACUAGAGGACUGUGCUUGUCAGAAGAACAAACUGUCACCACCAUUUUGAGAAGACCAAGGAUAGGGGCAGGACACCGUGCCACUGACAUGAUAACCGAGCCUUAUAAACUGACACGUCGAUGUGAAGUGACAGCCAUUCUUGUUUUGUAUGGCCUUCCUAGGUUGUUGACAGGAUCAAUCCUAGCUCAUGAGAUAAUGCAUGCAUGGCUCAGACUUAAAGGUUAUCCCAACCUUAGUCCAGAAGUUGAAGAAGGAAUUUGCCAAGUCUUGGCUCAUAUGUGGUUAGAAUCAGAGCUCUAUUCUGGAUCUGGGAAUAGUAAUGCACCGUCUUCGUCUUCAUCUUCGUCAUCGGCUAUGCCUCCAACCGCUUCUGCAUCAUCGAAGAAGGGUAAACGGUCUGAUUUUGAGAAGAAACUUGGCGGGUUUUUCAUACACCAGAUUGAGUCAGAUACCUCGUCGGCCUAUGGAGAUGGGUUCAGAUUUGGUAACCAGGCAGUACUUAAGUAUGGGCUCAAAAGUACCCUUGAUCAUAUCCAUUUGACAGGAACUUUUCCAUGUUGAAAAUUUGAAAUAACUAUUUUCAACCCAUAUGAAUCAUUCGAACAAUGCCUUGUCUUGGUCCAAAAUGUUUCCUCUCCAGCCCCUCCAUCCCCUCAAAUCAAAUAUCAGUUGGAUUAAUCUAACAAUUGAUAGUGUUGAUCUCUUGGUCAACGACUGAGUUUUCGUGGCAAAAUGAUUCUGGUUCAUUCACACAAAUUAUUGAGGGUCUUGAAGCACUUUUUAAGGAUUCCAAAAUAGGAAGUAUAUUGAAUUAAAAUUAGUUACCAUAAAACUUUAUAUUUUUUUUUUUUUGUCAAGAAAGUUUCUAUUUUUUUGAUUUCUUAACAUGACGGAUUUACGGUACUUGUUAAUAAAACCCAAUGAAGUUUAACACUAGAGACAAGAUAAAUAAGGAAUAAAAAUGCCCAUGUUGGCUUUUAGUCGCUACGAUCUCUGAGAUGUUGGUAUAUGUUGUUGUAUUUGUAGCACUAUUACAUGAAUUAUAUAUGAAAGCAUAAAAAAAUAAAAGAAAACUCAGCACUGCUGAAAUAAUAAUGAAAAUAUUGAAGUA